AUGUUACAAAACCAAAAGCAAUGUUAAUUUAAAUUAAGUAAUAACCAAUUUCUUUAAGAAUUAGUUGACAUAUAAUUUAAAAUUGAAAAAAAUUUAAUAUGCGUAGAUCCUGACAGUCAUUAAAUAUACAGUUUAAACUAAGAAACAAAUGAAUUUUAUAUACAAUUAAAUGUCGAUAAUGACUACAGAUAAAGAGCCGAAACAGCCAUAAGUGAAAUCGAGCAAAUAACAAAUUUAAACAAAGGCAAUUGGAUUAUUGAUCAUGAAAAAGCGGAACAAUAUAGAAGAAGAAAAAUACCAAAUUAUUUAUUAUAAAGAACUGAUUGGAAUCAUCCUACAUACAUAUGCCAAAGUCCUCUAAGUUAAGCUUUUGUAUAAAAAAAAUAAAUUACCCUUUUAGUUAAUUUGAGUGAAUUUAUAGAUAAAUUAAAGAAAUCAAAUAAAUACUAAGAAAAAAUACAAGUAGGAAAUCAAGGACAACAAUAACCAAAAAAAUAAAAAUAAGAAGGAAAAAUUUAAUAUUUAAAAAUCGAUGUAGGAUUAGUAACAGCAGCAGAUGAAGUAAUGAAAAUCAUAAUAAGAUAAAUUUAUUAAGAAUAUGAUAUUAAAUUAACUCCUUCACCAAACCAUACUUUUAUAUUGAAAAUUUCGGGAUAUAGGGAGUUUUUAAAUGGACAUUAUCCAAUGUUAAGUUAUGAUAGGGUAAGAACUCAUUUAAGAGCAGAUACUCCUAUGAAAGUUUUAUUAUUAGAAAAACCUAAUGGAGAUUAAAAGUAGAAACUUUUUCCUCCUUAAAUUGAAAAGAUAUUAAUAUCUAUUGUUUAGAAAUUUAAAGAUAAGAAGAUUUCUCAUGAUUAUAGUAUUGAGGAUAUAUUGGAGUUUGUUCAGAAAAAAAGCUAGGACGUUAAAUAAAUUUUCAAAGACGGAUUUAAUUUUAAAAUUAUUGAUAAUGCUACGAAAAAAACAUAUGAAGAAUAUAAUGUUAAUUGGGAAAAAUUAAGAAAUAUUCCUUUACUUUUAUGGUUUAAAUAAUAUAUAUAUUAUAUAAAUGAUUUUUAUAUAUAAAAGAUAUUAUACAAAAUCCAAAUGCAUAAAUAAAAUGUUUUAAAAGUGGUAUAUACCAUUUUAUAUGUAUUUUAUUUAAUAAUAUAAUUUUAUAUUUUUAAAAAAGGAUAAAAAAUGGCGAAAUUAUUUUUUGGAGAAGGACAUCCAACUGAAUUACGUUUAAGAGUAAUUCAUAAAGAAAGAAUGAAGGAAUUUGUAGAAAAACGUAGAAAUUUAUUUUAUUAAGGAGUUUUUAGUGAAAAGCCUACUAAUUUAUACAGUGGAGAAUGUGAUUGUUAAUUUAAGAUAAAAAUUAAAGGAAUAGAAAACCUAUAUAGAUUAUUGUAAUAAACAGAUCAUAAUAGCAAUUAAAGUGAAACAAGGGCUUCUUACAAUGGGAUUUUACCUCCUAAUUAUAUUACUAAAAAGGGUGAAUGUUAAAAAUAUAUAAUAUAUUUAAAUUAUAUAUAAUUAUAUAUAUUUAUAUAUUAUAUAUAAAUAUAUUUUUAUAUAUUAAAUUAUUUACAAAUUAAUAAAUAAAUAUAGGAUCAUGGUCAUAAAAAGUCUUUAUAUUUUAAAAAAUUAGCAGAUUUGUUUGAUUUAAAUUUUCCCCCUUAUUUAAUAUAAAUUUAAGUAAAGAUCAUUUAUGGAAAUAGACAAUUAGCAAUUAAAAAAGAAACAUUAAAAAUACCUUUUUCUAAUACUCCUAGAUGGAAUGAAUGGAUUAAAUUUCGGUCUUUAAAAAUAAGUUAACUUCCUUUAGAAGCUCGAUUAUGUUUCGAUAUUAUUAUAUAUUCUUGUUCUGGAUAAGAAUCAUAGGUAUAUAUACACAUAUUAUUUUUUAUAAAUAAAAAUAAGAUAAUAGCUUCUACUACAAUAAAUAUAUUUGAUUAACAUUGUAAAUUUAUGUAAGGAAUUAAUUCUUUAAAUUUAUGGCCUUUUUAUGCUAAUGAAGAUCGUUUAGCUUGCAUGGGUUAAUAUUGGGGAAUUAUAGAUCCUUCUUUAAAACCUGAUCCUUCUGAUUUCGACAAAUGGUAAUAAUUUAAAGCUUAUGAAUUUUCUAGACUAUUUGUCGAAUUUGAUACUUUUUCUAAACACAUGUACUGGAGUUUAAGAGAUGAUAAAUCUAUGAUUUAAUUAGGUUAAUUAUAAUAUUUUAUUAAUUUUAUUUUAUUUGAAAAAAAAGGAUUUUAACCUUCUAAAAAUAGACUUGAAGAUUUAUGGUAAUAUACUCCAUAAAAUUAAUAUUUAGCUGAUUUAAAAGAUUUAUUAAAAAGAGACCCUUUAGAUCGAUAGUUUGAUAUGCGUUAAAAGCUAAUACUUUUAAUUUGCAGAAAUCAUUUUAAAUCAAUACCAGAUGCUUUAGAUACAUUUUUAUGCGCAGUAGAUUGGAGUAAUCCAGAACAUAUAAGAGAGACUUAUAAUUUAAUUAAAUAAUGGAAACCUCCACCUGCUGAAGAAUGUAUUACUUUUCUAGAUGUACACCAUGCCGAUGAAUUAAUAAGGCUUUUUGGCGUUGAAAGAUUAUCCAAAAUGGCUGAUGACGAAUUAAAAUUAUAUAUGAUUGAACUUAUAUAAGGAUUAAUGUUCGAAACUUAUCAUUACUCACCUUUAUAGGAAUUACUAUUGGAAAGAUCUUUAUUAAAUCCUUUUGUUGUGGGCCAUGAAUUAUUUUGGGGAUUAAAAUCUUAAUUACAUUUGAAACCUUCAUUUGAAAGAUUUGCUUUAGUUUUGGAAUAAUUACUUAUGGUAUGUGGAGAAUAUAGGAACGAGCUAUUGAAGGAAGUUUAAGUUAAUGAUGAAGUAAAAUAAGUAGCAAAGAAAAUAAAAGCUAAAAAAUGCUAAAAUGCAAAUGAGAGAAUCGAAAAUACACAAUAAUUGCUUUAAGAAUUAAAAUUUUUAAGAACAGAAGACCAAGGGAUUAGGUUUUACAUUUGCUAUAGACAAUAGAUUAUAAUUAAAAAAUUUCGAACAUAAAAAAUGUAAAGUCAUGAACUCGAAAAAUUACCUUUAUGGCUAGUAAUGUAAAAUAUGGAAUAAGGACAAGAAGAAUUCAUGAUAAUGUUUAAAGAUGGUGAUGAUUUAAGAUAAGAUUUACUUACUUUAUAAUUAAUUAGAAUUAUGGAUAAAAUAUGGCUUGAUGCUGGUUAAGAUUUAAGAAUGAAACCUUAUAAUGUAAUAUCUACUUAAGAUUAAGUUGGAAUGCUCGAAAUAGUUUUAAAAAGUGAAACUACAGCUAAAAUACAUACAGAAUUAGGAUAAUUUGGGGCUUUUAAAAAGGAAACUAUCUUACUUUAUUUAAGAAAAAAUAGUGUAGAUGAAAAUUAAAAAUUUGACUAGAAAAAAUUCGAAACUAAUCGUGAGAAUUUCAUUAAUAGUUGUGCUGGUUAUUGCGUAGCAACUUAUGUUUUAGGUAUAGGAGAUAGACAUUCUGAUAAUAUAAUGAUUACUAAAGAAGGACAUUUAUUUCAUAUUGAUUUUGGGCAUUUUUUAGGAAACUUUAAAAAAAAUUUUGGAUUUAAUAGAGAAAGAUGUCCUUUUGUAUUUACUCCCGAUAUGGAAUAUGUGCUUACUUAUGAUAAAAAAGACGGAUAAAAUUUCUAUGAAAAAUUCGAAUAAAAAUGUUGUGAUGCAUAUAAUCUUAUUAGAAAACAUGGGCAUUUCCUUAUUAAUAUUUUCAGAAUGAUGCUUUCUGCAGGAAUGCCAGAAUUAUAAAAAUAAAGCGAUAUUCAAUAUUUGGUUGAUAUGCUAAAUCUUAACUUGAGUGAAUAGGAAGCAAGCUAACAUUUUAAAAAUGAACUUAUUAGAAGUAAAAAUUCUUAUUUUAGGUAAGUUGAUAAUUUUAUUCAUGAAUAUGUAAGGAAAUGA